AUGGGACGCUACGCCGUGCUGGUGUCUGGACCUGCCGGGUCAGGCAAGUCAACCUUCUGCUCGGCGCUGAUCGCGCAUGCCCAAUCGCUGGGUCGCAACGUCCAGCUGUUCAACCUGGACCCCGCGGCGGAGCGAUUCGAGUAUCAGCCAAGCAUCGACAUCAAGGAGCUGAUCUCGCUGGAAGAUGUUAUGCAAGAGAUGAAUCUAGGGCCCAAUGGAGGCCUCAUCUACUGCUUCGAAUACCUGUUGGAUAACCUCGACUGGCUGGACGACGAGCUAGGGCAAUUCGAAGAUGACUACAUCAUCAUUGAUUGUCCCGGGCAGAUCGAACUCUACACGCACUUUCCCAUCAUGUCACGGUUGGUCAACAUCCUCUCGGGUCAAUACCACUUCCGCAUCUGCGCGACAUACUUGCUCGAGUCGCAGUUCAUCGACGACAAGACCAAAUACUUUGCGGGUGUUCUGAGCGCCAUGAGCGCCAUGAUCAACCUGGAAGUCCCGCACAUCAACCUGCUCAGCAAGAUGGACCUCGUGGAGAAGGGCGAGAUCGGAUCAGAAGCAAAGCGCGGAAGGAAACGAGAGAUGGAGCGAUACUUGGAUCCAGAUCCGCUGCUGUUGAUGGACGAAGUCAACUCACGGACGAACCCCAAGUUCCACUCGCUGAACCAGGCCCUGGUCCAGUUGAUCGACGACUUCAGUAUGGUCUCUUUCAUGCCUCUCGAUAGCACCGACGAGGAUUCGGUAGGCACCAUCUUGUCUCACAUCGACAACGCGGUGCAGUAUGGCGAAGACGAAGAGCCGAAGGAGCCCAAGGAUAUCGAUGAAGGUGACUUUGGCGGUCAAUGA